AUGUCGCACCUAUGCUACAUCAUAGAUGCGUCUUGUCUCGAAAAAGGCAUUGGUAAUGUCAAAAGAUGGUGCGAGCCCAGUCAGGCGACCAAGUUUGCCAGACUCAAUCUGUACAUUCCCACAUUCACUCUGCAAGAGCUAGACUUCCUCAAAUACCGCAGAAAUAGCUACACAGCUAAAGAGGCGCUGCGAUUCAUAGACCGUGCAGACUUCCCGCAGAACAUAGACAUGAUCAUUGAAUUUCCCGAGCUUUUGGAUACUAUCAUAUGGUCCGACGUGCUGGAGCAUCAGGUCGCAGAAGUGGCAGAGUACGAUGUCAAAGGAAACUCGUCUCGCUCCCUGCCUCGUCGCUUGAAGAACCUACUAAAAAGCUGCACCUACAAGUGCCACUUGGAAGGCAGCAAUAACCAGCAUUGGGUUUUAGUCACAGAAGACCCUCAAGUUCGUCAUUUGGCAGACGCGUUUGCCAUCCCGCAUUGUUCCCUGGUCACCGCUGACCAGGAGAUUUCCAAGAAGCUGGACAAGCGCUCCUUCCAGCAGAAUAUAAAAUUCAGUGACUACUUGAAGAAAAAGAGCGUCAAGGACACCACCAACGGCAAGGAGGUCUAUCGCGCGAAAUUCGACCAGGUCAUGUACGCCAACCGUGGUCCUGGGGAUCUCUGGACGCCUUGA